AAACUCCGCUGAUGCGCAUUACGGACCAAGAUGGCGCUCUUCCCGUCAGCACCGCGGACAGCUCCGGCGGCGCCCCCGCUCGGCUGAGCCCCCCCGCACGUCUCUUUUUUUCAGGUGCCACUCCGCACCACCGGUACCGGAAGACGGGACCAGAACCCGACCACAGAGGAACCGAGCCGGACCCUGACCACCGCUGGAACGGGGGUGUUCUCCGCCUCCUCUUCAUCAUCUUCAUCAUCUCCUGCAGACCGGGAGCUCCGGUCCGCGGUAACGGUCAGCAUCUGAACCGGACUGAUGGAUCGAAGCGUCAUGCGGCCCCGGUUCCGGCGGGGGGGUUGAGGCUGCACCUGUCAAGACUCUCCCGGUUCGCGCGCCUCUCGGUUCUGCGGCACCAGACGUGAAGAUGCUGGUUCCGCUGGUCACCAUGGCCUCGGUUCUGUUCAGCCCCGGCUUCGCCCUCAGCUCCCAUUUCAGCCCAGAUGGCGCUCCGCUGAGCGAGCUGUCCUGGUCCUCCUCCCUGGCCGUGGUGGCCAUUUCCUUCUCGGGCCUCUUCACCUUCGUCUUCCUCAUGCUGGCCUGCCUCUGCUGCAAGAGGAGGAGGAUGGGCUUCAAGGAGUUCAAAAAUGCGGAUGGCGACGAAUACCACGCAGACCUGUCCACCUUGGCCUCGCCGGCCUCCCAGGGCGGUCCGGACGUCUACAUCCUCCCCCUCACCGAGGUUUCCCUGCCGACGGCCAAACAGCCGGCGCGGUCCGUUCAGCUCCUGAAGUCCGCAGACGUGGGCCGCCACAGUCUGCUGUACCUGAAGGAGAUCGGACAUGGCUGGUUCGGGAAGGUUCUGCUGGGGGAGGUGACCUCCGGCCCGACCACCACUCAGGUGGUGGUGAAGGAGCUGAAAGCCAGUGCCGGCGUGCACGAUCAGAUGCACUUCCUGGAUGAAGCUCAGCCGUAUCGCGCCCUCCAGCACCCGGCGCUGCUGCAGUGUUUGGCCCAGUGCACUGAGGUGACGCCAUAUCUGCUGGUGAUGGAGUUCUGCCCACUGGGCGACGUGAAGGGUUACCUCCGGAGCUGCAGGGCAAACGAGAGCAUGGCCCCGGAGCCGCUGAUCCUGCAGCGGAUGGCGUGCGACAUCGCGGCGGGACUCCUGCAUCUGCACAAACACAACUUCACCCACAGCGACCUGGCCCUCAGGAACUGCCUGCUGACUGCUGACGUCUCUGUGAAGAUUGGAGAUUAUGGUCUGGCACACAGCAAGUACAAGGACGAUUACUUUGUGACAUCGGAUCAAGUGUUUGUUCCGCUGCGAUGGAUCGCUCCAGAGCUGCUGGACGAGGUUCAUGGAAACCUGCUGGUGGCUGAUCAGAACCAACAGAGCAACAUCUGGUCUCUUGGCGUGACCCUCUGGGAGAUGUUUGAACUGGGAAACCAGCCUUACAGACACUACUCGGACAGACAGGUGCUGACCUACGUGGUGAGGGACCAGCAGCUGCGCCUGCCCAAACCGCUGCUCAAAGUACCGCUAGCCGAGCGCUGGUAUGAGGUGAUGCAGUUCUGCUGGCUUCAGCCUGAUCAGAGACCAAAUGCAGAGGAAGUGCACUUGCUGCUCAGCUACCUGUGUGCCAAGGGGGCCAACGAGGCCGAGGAAGACUUUGAGAGACGCUGGAACUCCAUGCGCCCCAAUACUGGAUGCAGCAGAAGCACCUCUGCAAUGAGCCGAGAACACUGUGUGUCAAACUCCUCCUCCUUUCCUCUGCUGGAGCAGUUUGUGUCGGGUGACGGGUACCACUCCGAGUCAGGAGACGACGUCCUGACAGUCACAGAGACCAGCCAAGGCCUGAACUUUGAGUACAAAUGGGAACAAGCUCGAGCAGAGCAGCCGUUCAUAGCCUCCCACUCCUCCAGUUCUUUGAGCCUGGCAAGUCGGCACUGUCAGGAGGCAUUCUACCCACCAGGGGGCAUAGUUGGAGGCUGUCCUCUGGAGAGCCUUAACCGUGGAAUUUCUCCUUCUUACUAUCAAGCCAAACACAUCCAUGCUCCAAGUGUGCUCCCGGUCCUCAGCGCUCACAGCCCCUCUGUGAGCAGUGAAUAUUACAUCCGCAUUGAGGAGCCGGUAGACUGCAACAUUGAUCCGGAAUAUACCAUGGGUUCUUACAGUCCAGACUAUCCAGGCAGUGCCGGGAGCUUCAUGACUGGCAGUGCAGAGUCAGGUGAGUGCAUGACCUGCCCCUUGCAGACAGAAAACAUGGGUCCAUACUGGUCUUCAGAGGUCCACAAAACCGAUCUGUACGACUCCAACGACUCAAGUCCAGCCAUCUCCCUGACCAUGGAGCCACUUUUAGGACAAGUGUCCGACAGCAGCCCCCUACAACCCUGGGAGUCCAGUCACUAUGUGUCCUACAAAAACCAAGAUGGGGGCUACUACUAUGAGCCCUCACCGCCUUUAGGAGUAGACCACUAUCUGCUUGGAAAUGAGCAUCAUCAGGAAAGUUGGGGGUCCAGAAGUCUCCGUCAGGCUCUGGGUGAGAUGGAGUCCUCACCUGUCAGCUCACGCCAACGGACUUACAGAGAUUCCUACUUGGACACAAGUCAGACGUCUAUCCUGGGAAAGACCGUGACGGGGGGCUACUACGACAUGAUGGGCUCUCUGAGGAAGACCAUGCCCAGCCACACCGGGCACAACAGCCACUCUGUUAGCAUCAACAUGGAGACCCAGGGGGCUCUCUUCAUUGGACACAGGGAGAGUGACUCAGAGGAGGACGAGGAUGACAUCUUCAUCGAGAGACACAGCUGUAACACUUGGCCUUCGAAGCACCGCCACUCCAGUGCGAGUCACCACAGGCGAGCCAGUCACAGCUGCAGACAGGACGCCUAUGCCGACUUCCACUACACCAUGCCAAGUACGGACAUCGAAGACUCCUGGCCGGAGGACCACAACCUGGUCUUCCACUCUCUGCCAAAACCCAUCGACUACCUUGAGCCGCAUCAGGUGAAAGACAACAGUGCCUGCCUGAGUCUGACCAACCCCAUGGUACCAUCUGACAACUGUAACGCCUACAUCUACUUGUGCCGUGAAGUGGACACUCAGCCAGAGUCUAGAGAUUGCUGCCACCCUCAGUUUGUAGACCCUCUCACUGGCCUGUUGGUGAGAAACAACAGCUUUUGUCCCAGCUACAGUCACAGCAGCUACCUUACUGAUAAAGCCACGGACAUCCCAAACAACGAAGAGCUGAUCAAUCUGUCACCGGCUCCUGGAGGUCCCAUUGUGUCUAAACCUGCCCCAAAGAAGCCGGAGGACAGUGAAGAGCAAUACGCUGAUCUCUCAGCUGAUAAAACACCGCUCAAAGAGAAUAGGGAUGGACCAAUCAAAGAAAAGAUAAUGCAGAAACCACCAGAGCCUAGACUAGAGGAGGUGGCCCUGACCAUGACCAAAGCUACUCCACCUCCUCCAGACAACAUGCAUGUGAUGGUGGCCCUUAUGGAUCCUCAGUCAGAGAUCAGUCCUAGUGCGGACAGCGGCAUGGAGCGGCGGGGCUCAACUGUAAGCCUUGCUGACAUCCUGGACUGCAGCGAUGAAGAUGACACCACGGAUGAAAUCACGGAUGUCACUUCCGGCAUCUUUGUCGACGAAUGCUCAGAGCUGAAUUCUUCUCCUGCCAUCAAGUCCCUGCAGAAGCAAAUCGGAACUCCAGACUCCAUGGACUCCAUGGACCUGCUGUCUGUUGCUGGCUCUUGUGAAGGUCUCAGCCCUGCAUCCUCUCGUCCCUCUAGUUCACCUAAAGCCAUGGACAGCGGCUAUGACACCGAGAAUAACGAGAGUCCUGAGUUCGUCCCAAAAGAGUCCCAUGAACAAUGGCCUUCAUCUCAGGGAAAGCCAGCCCUUGAAACCAGUCUGGAGGAGGAUGAAGAGGGGCAUGACCCAGAAGACGCUUUAUUCAACGACGAUGACGAUUUGAAAGCCUCAGGCGCUCUUCAACCACUAAGCGAUAAGACUCCAUACCGAGACUCUGCCUACUUCUCAGAUUACGAGAAUGAUAGACAAAGUAGAGAGGAGGAAGAGGUGAGUGAACAGAAUGACAGCGAGAAAGAGGGGGGGCAAAUAAAAGAGGAGGAACCCAAAGUCGAUGUUGACCUGAAGCUCCAAGCAGAAUCCUCUUCUCCAGAGAUCCGGGAACAACUGUUCGAGGAAAACCCCCGGCAUGAAGAAGAGGGGUCCCCUCAGGGGCUCUCUGACUCCUCAGCAGAGGGAUUACUGGAUGAAUGGCCGUCCCACGAGGAGACCUCGUCCAUGGGAGACUGGGCAGCAGAGGUCGUUGGAGCCAUGGAGGAAGCCAUCGGCGCCCUGAACGGAGACUGUUCUACUGCUUUUAAAGCUGAUGACAGAAAGAAAGAGGAGCAUAAAACAUCCAUUCAAGCUUCAGAAACAAACGAGGAGACACCCGUGAAAUCAAGUCAAAACAGGCCGUCGGGGACAUCCGGUGAACACCCCCACGUCCUGCCCAAAGACGAGGUGGCCUUGCAGCACACGGCACAUGCCAGACGGUUCCUCUGUUCAUCAACGCCGCCACCGUCCACUCCUCCUGCAACAGAGGGAAGAACGUGUCCGGCUGAAGGAGAAGAGGCUGACGAGGAGGACGGAGACACGGAAGACAGCGACGAGUCGGACGAGGAGCUACGAACGUACAGCGUGCAGGAGCAGAGUGGGGGGGAGGACAGCGAGGACGAGUGCCAUAGGGUGCCCAUCGUGGUGAGCGACUGCAGCGAGGCCCGGCUGCGCAGCCUCCUCAGGAAGCCAACGCCGCUGACAGCAGACAACCUGGAGGAGGAGCUGGCGCGCAAGACGAAAACAGUGACCUUCUUUGACAACGUUACCGUCUACCUGUUUGACCAGGAGAGCCCGACGAAAGAGCUGACUGAGCACAUCCUCACUUCAGGGACGGAGGACCAAAGCUCUGGAGGACAAACCCAGGAGAAGCUGAACGCCUCUGAUGACUCCUCAGACGGAAACAUCUCCGAGGAGAGCGGAGGCUUUGAGUGGGAUGAUGAUUUUACCCUCCACCCUCUGCCGACAUCCUCCACCGUCAAUGACUCCCCCCCACCGCAGUCCUUCACCAAAACCCCAGACCCAAAACCGCCCGUGCAGUUGUCCCGCUUCACGGUGUCUCCGUCCAGUGUGUCCCGUUUCUCACGCUUCUCCAUUACCCACAUCUCUGACUCGGAUGUGGAGUCAGCUGGAGGAAGCAGUGAGGAUGGAGACAAAGAGUGAACAGGAAGUGGAGAGCUUGACUUCAGCAUGACUGUUCGGAUACCAGAAACGAGCCGGUGCCUCUGAACGCUCCGUUCUACAGCAGAAAGAGAAUCCACAUAGUAAAUCCACAGAGGACUAGUAUUUAUUGAUAAAAUGACGAGACCAGAAGAGACUUAUUUUUUGGAUCAAACAGGAAAUGAACGAGCAAACAUCAUGUUUACCGCCUUCUACUUUUUCCUGCAGAACGGGAGGGGGGGGGGUCACAAAUGUUUGUCAACAGAAGAUCAGUGCUUUAAAAAAACUGUACAGAAUCACAGACUUUUUACCUUUCAGGAAAUAUUUUACGUGUAUAAUGUAAUAAAUUGUAGAAGUUUGACAUAUGAAUAGUUAAUAUUGACUGGCCCAGGUGGAAAACAUGGAGACUGUUAGCAAACGUCUGUUUCCUUUCCAGCUGGUCGGCUCAACAGCUCAAUGACUUAUGAGGUUUUGCUUUGUUGCAUCAGGAAUAUUGUUUCUUAUUUCCCAUCUGAACCUUCUGAGAGCAGUGCAUGCUUGGCUUCAACUCUUCAGAUCAGUCCCUCAAACUGUCACGUGUUCUGCCCUGUAGAAGAACUGCAGACAGGCCAGAGGAGAUCGUUGGAUGCAGCUGUUUUUGGACCAAUACCGGUACUUCAUCACAUUGAUGCAAAAGUCGUCUGAAACAGGUUUCACGGCCACAAGCGCAGAAAAAGUCGGUUUGGUUGAGAAUUUGUCCGUUUGUGUUGUCACCAAAACAUGAAGGAGAAAUGUCAGUAAGCAGCCUGACGGAGCAAAUCAAACAUCUGGAGAUCCGCUUCAGGUUCUGGUCGGGAUGAUAGGAAAAAACCCUGUGACUCGUCUGAGAUGAACCUGCUUUCUUUAAAUAGGUAGAAAGAAACUAAGGACCAGGUUUUAGAGCAAAGAGGGAGGGGGCGGAGCCUCAAUAUUGUCGGUUAAAAAUCUUCCAACUUUUUUCUCAAAGUCAUCAAGCUCAGUCAAAUCUGAGCUGAAGGCUGUGGAGGAUUUGAGGCUCCUUCCAUCUUUAGAGGUGACUCUGAAAACAAACCUGUUUGGUGAAAGGUAUGCCUUGCUUCAGUGAUCUGUCAAAGUGACCUCAUGACCCUGAAUGGAGCGAAACGUCUGAUGUCUGCAGUCCAGACACAAACAUGAGGCCACUCUGCGGUCCAAACUUAGCUUUGGAAAUAGCAUUAGCAUGCUACAUUUAGCAUCAGGCUGGAUUGUUGCUUAUCUCGUUUAGCAUCUGCAUGCUAACAGGCGUGGGGAAUGGAGUUUAAACAUGCUAAUGCUAGCAUGCUAACAGGAAAAAAAUGCCAAGAGGAAAUAUUUAUAGACAUAAAGCCGAUCCAAAUAUAUUUUAUUAUUUAUUGUUGCCCUUUAGACAAAUGCAGAGUAAAAUGCAAUAUAUUUCAGAUGAAAAGCUCCUUUCUGGAAAGUCUAUUGUUUUUGUAAAAUGUUUUUGCCCUGAACUACGACGGAGUGCUGGGCCGCCAUAAAAGGAAAAAAAACUACAUUUAGGAGAAUAAAGUU